AUGCUUCCUCUGUCGCUGGCCAGCACUUAUCGAGAGUACAAGCGCGACACUGAUGUGUUGGCUUCCUGGCUCGCUCUGACUGCUCGGUCUCACGGAUACAAAGGUGAUGUGGCCUCUGCUGGUAACGAGCCCGGAGACGGAUCGAAGACAGAGACGCAGACCGCCAAGGGGGAUGACACCGCCAUGGGAGAUCACACCGGCAAGAGAAAUGACAACGGACGGCCAUCGAGAUACAAGGUGGCCAUCCGAAACUUCGUGCCCCUGGCUGAGUCCGUAGCCUCGAUCAAGCCAGCGAUCAGCACCCCUCCGUCCAUCGUGAACACGAUCAACAGGGUCAUCACUGCCCGAUCGGAUUUCGCCUCAAAGGUGAAGGAUUUCAGCGGCCUGGAUGCCCACGCCGUCGAAGCGCAUGCUUAUUUCGUGGGGAUUAUCGAAAAGGUCCAAGAUAUACUGGUUCCCAAGGAUGUGGCGAAGACCCGGCAGUUUGUUGCUUUAUCAAACGAGGAGACUACAAACCGGUUUGCUGCUCUGGACUUCGAGGAUCCCUCGACCGACUUCCUGAACGCUCCAGAUAUCGACAAACCCAUGUCCCAGGCGGCUCCUGCGGCUCCGGCGUCUCACGCACCAGAAUACGAAGCGGAAACCUCAGACGAGCUCAACACCCUGGACGCGAUCAUCAUCUUCGCCUUGAUGGCAAGCGAUCUCGCAAGAGUUCGUGUAGUGAUCAUUGACACCUGGGGCAGAAAUGCCCGCGGAGAACUCACCCUGUCUGCGGCCGCGCUCACCACAUCAGCCGCCGUUGAUCUCGCGAACCACGCUGUCAAGGAUAUUCUUCCCAUCUUCGAAGCUCAAGGAGGUGUUUGGGAGGUAGCUCAGCAAUUCGUCGCGCUCGUCUGUGCCAAGAAUGGUCCUGAUACGGAAACCCUCAGUUACAGCCAAGGCACGACGCUUAUGUCCGAAGACAUGUACACGACGUACGACCGAUCCCUACUUUGUGUCUACGCAACCCUUAAUGCCUGUCUUCAGUCUAUGAAGGAGGGAAAAGACCUGGAGGUCCCCAUGUUUUCGGGCCCGAAGUCACUCGAUUGGGUCAUGGAAAAGCGUGGACUGUCUGGCAGCCAGCGAUUUGAGCAGGACCAAGACGCAGUCAUCCGCUUGGUUUCAAACU